AUGAAUUUCUACAAAAUAAUACUACUUGUGCUUGGUGGAAUUCUGUGCUUUGCAAGUGCAAGACUUGUUAUUGAUGAAAAUACGUCUACGCGUGUGUUUGAUAAGGAUCUUUACAAUAGAGUGAUUGAUAGAGAUGAAUGUAGGAGACAAGUCGAUUAUUUGAAGACAACUGAUCCUGUUUUGCUGGCCCAGUUUUUGGAUGCCGGGAUACGGUUUCCAAGAGGCAUUUUCAUGCUUAAUAUUGCAGAUUUAGGGAACUAUGAACAAUGUCUUAAAUUAAAAACUGACAUUGAUGAUAUGCAAAUACAAGGAAAAUAUUACUUGAUUAGUAUACCAUUUUAUCAAGAAUUUAGACUACCGUUCGAAAUACCAUCAAAUUUUAGUCUUACAGACAGAAAUGUUGUACGAGCUACGCAUUUAUAUAACGAAAUUCAAGAUUUUGCUAUUCGCACUGAUGCUGAAGAAUCAGAGUCGUUAGUUGAGAUGCUGUCAAUUACUGUAGCAUUAUGUGUACCAAAACCGUGCACAACACAAGACUGGAUCACGAACAUGUUUUUCAAUAUUUCCGCUAUCGGAUUCAACUAUGACGAAGUCUUGGUUCGCUUACCAGAUGACAAACCCUGGGUCCCAGUUGACUAUGUUGCUAUCGUUAUCCUGUCUAUACUGGGCUUUAUUACGAUUCUCCACACGCUUUAUGACAUCAACCAUAUUUUCAUCCUGAAAAGAGAUCCAAAGAAAGCAAACAUGCUCUUCAACACAUUUUCUCUUUACACCAACACUAGACGACUUCUCACGUUUUCUCCUAAUCCUAAUGCGUUAGAUUGUUUGGACGGAAUUAGAGCUAUUUCCAUGUUGUGGGUUAUUGUAGGACAUACAUUUCAAAUGUAUAACUUAACUUCUAACCUUUCGGAUGUUUUAGAGUGGUUAAUAUCUGGUAAUGCCGUAUGGGUUACGACGGCCUUGUACGCUGUGGAUUCUUUUCUACUAAUGGCUGGUAUUCUUUUAACAUACACUACAGUAGGAAAGAUGAAUGGAGGACGAUUCCUAAAGCGUUUACACACUUUUUACUUGAAUCGACUUCUACGAAUGUUUCCAUUGCUUGCCGCGGCAGUAUUACUCGAAGCAUCCGUCUUUCAUCGAGUAGCAGAUGGACCGUAUUGGGAAGACGUUGCGACUAGUGUCCAGAAUUGUAGGUCGUUCUGGUGGACAACGUUGUUACAUGUUCAGAACUUAGUGAAUCCCGGCCAUUUAUGUGUUCGCCAUUCGUGGUACAUUGCCAUAGACAUCCAACUGCAUAUCAUCUCGCCUCUUGUCCUCUAUUGGAUGCUCGGUAAAACAAGAAAAGCUGCUUGGAUUGCUCUAAUAGCAGGAUUUUUGGUUGUUAUGACAACAUCAACAGUAUGGAUUUUCAUAAUGAAUACAGCUUCGCCUUCGUUGACACUUAUUGACGCUGAGCAGCAAAAGGAUUACUUGCAAAACUUUUACUAUCUUCCAUGGACUCGUGCAGCUCCAUUUAUUUAUGGAAUGAUAGUUGGCUACGUUAUACAUAUAUACAAAGGAAAAAAUAUUUAUUUAAAUAUUGGCUUCGUGCUAUUGUUAUGGGUAAUAUCACUGGGUGUGAUCGCAUCAGCGUUCUACUUAUCAUACGAAACAAUGCAAUUAGAUUGGGACAAUAAAUUGGGAGAUAAUAUUAUUAACUCAUUUAUGAGAUUAAUUUGGUCAAUAGCUUUAAGUUGGAUCAUCUUUGCCUGUGUGAAAGGAUAUGGAGGUCCAAUAAACUGGUUCCUAACGCUGAGUGUUUGGAAAUUGCCAUCACGUAUAUCAUAUGCUAUGUACCUUUACCAUUACCCACUCACCUUUGUAAUAGCAGGAACGCAGUUAGCAACUGUUCAUUUUUCAAUGGGAUUAAGAAUAUACGAGUUCAUGUCUGUGCUUAUGCUGUCAUUUCUUUUAGCGUUUUUUAUGACAGUGAUUAUUGAUGCUCCAUUUUCUAUAUAUACCAAAAUUCUAAUAAGUGUAUUGGAUGGAGGACCAAGGGGAGGUCGACGACCACCUCAAAAUGGCUCUAGAUCAAAAUCUGUUCUAGUACCCGAAAAUAAUAUAGGAGAUUUAGAAAAAACCGUUGUUACACACUUGAAAAAGAGCGAUCCAACUAUUCUCAUCAGGACGUGUUAA